AUGCAUCCCAAGUUGCCCCGCAGUCGACGUUUGGCCGCAAAAAGUGCGGGGCACGUGCAGCUCCACGACCUUUUUUUUCCUGCCCACACCCACCCCUGGACUUCCGGCGUCAUAACCAGGUCAACCCGUUGCUUUCCUUCGUUGGCCACGGCAUCAAUUCCACUAUUUAUUUGGCCCCAGCCCGUUUCUCUUCCCCUCGAGGCCCCCCGCAGACUGACUGCCUUCGACUACUACUCUUUCUCCUCCCCCUUCCUCUACGCCUCCAAUUCGCCCAAUCCGCCCAUCAUGCCCAUGCUCAAAGACCCUUCGGUCAAAUACAAGAAAUUCACCCCUCUGAAACUCGACGACCGCCAAUGGCCCUCCAAAACCAUCGACAAGCCGCCGCGCUGGCUGUCGACUGAUCUGCGCGACGGCAACCAGUCCCUCGUCGACCCCAUGGACAGCAACCAGAAAUGGGAGUACUUUCUCAAGCUCGUCCAGCUCGGAUACAAGGAAAUCGAGGUCUCCUUCCCGUCAGCCUCACAAACCGACUUUGACUUCACCCGUCGUCUGGUCGAAACCUCUGGCGUAGUCCCCGACGACGUUUGGCUGCAAGUCCUGUCACCCUGCCGCAAAGAGCUCAUCCGCCGCACCGUCGACUCCCUCAAGGGCGCCAAAAAAGCUAUCCUACACCUCUACCUCGCCACCAGCCCGUGCUUCCAGCAGAUUGUCUUCAACAUGAACAAUGCAGAGACAAAGGCCCUGGCUGUCGAGUGCACGCGCUACGCCCGCUCCAUCACCAAAGACGACCCAGAGCAGGCCGCCACCGAAUGGGCCUACGAGUUCUCUCCCGAGACCUUCUCCGACUCGAGUCCCGAAUUCGCCGUCGAGGUCUGCGAGGCCGUCAAGGCAGCCUGGGAACCCACCGUCGACAACCCAAUCAUCUUCAACCUCCCCGCGACGGUCGAAAUGAGCACACCCAACGUAUACGCCGACCAAAUCGAAUACUUCUGCCGCAACAUCUCGGAACGCGAGAAAAUCGCCGUCUCCCUCCACCCGCACAACGACCGCGGCUGCGCCGUGGCCGCUGCCGAACUCGCUCAAAUGGCAGGCGCAGACCGCGUCGAAGGCACCCUCUUUGGCAACGGCGAACGCACCGGCAACGUCGACCUCGUCACUCUAGCCCUGAACCUCUACACCCAAGGUAUCCACCCGCAAAUCGACUUCUCGGACCUCAAAUCCGUCAUCGACCUCGUCGAGUCGUGCAACAAAAUCCCCGUCCACCCGCGCGCCCCCUACGGCGGGCAGCUCGUCGUCUGCGCUUUCUCCGGCUCCCACCAAGACGCCAUCAAGAAGGGCUUCCAGACCCGCAAGCGCCUGGGCUAUACCUCGGAAUCCCCAUGGCAAGUACCAUACCUCCCCCUCGACCCCCAAGAUAUCGGCCGUACCUACGAAGCCAUUAUCCGCGUGAACUCGCAGAGCGGAAAGGGCGGCGUAGCAUGGAUCAUCCAACGGCAGCUGGACCUCGACCUCCCGCGCGGGCUCCAAGUCGCCUUCUCGCGCAUUGUGCAGCGCGAAACCGACAUGCUCGGCCGCGAGCUGCUCCCGACUGAAAUCACCAAACUCUUCGAAGAAGCAUACCACCUCAAGCGCAACCCGCGCUUCUCCCUCAUCGACUACGACAUCACCGCCGACCGCUCCAAGUCCCCCGCGCCCCCGGAACCGGGCAAAACCGCGUCGAACCGCUACCUCAAGCGUCUGUUCAAGGGCGUCAUCGAGAUCGACGGCAUCGAGCACGAAAUCGCGGGGACGGGCAACGGUGCCAUUUCCGCGCUCGCAGAUGCGCUCAAGAGGCUCGGCAUCGAUCUCGAUGUCGCGGAUUACAAGGAACACGCCAUGGGUGGCUCCGCAAACGUCCGCGCUGCCACGUACAUAGAAUGUACGGCUGCCGGGUCGAACCAGCGGGUCUGGGGCGUUGGGAUCCACGAGGAUGUUGUACAGGCUUCUCUCAUCGCGCUGCUGAGCGCCGCGAGCUCGUUCCUAUCAUCCCGCCCCUCAACACCCAUCCCGUUCCGUCCAAAACGCAGCAACACGCUCGACGUCCCCUCGCUCGAAUCAAGCCCGACCUCUGCGACGAACCCCGCGCAACCGCACGCGAAUGGCGAUAACAAAAACGCUGCUGGGCACGGCGACCAGAAAAAAAAAAGUCUUGUUGAACGUCUUGAGGAGAGUCUGGGUGUGAAUGGUGGUGCUGGUGGGAACUAA